AUGGCACCAAAACUCUGGAUACACGAAACAGAGCAGGAUGUGCCUAUGUCACAGUCAGGCCACUGCACUGUUCUCCUAGGAUGGGGCGAACCUGAAGGACAUAGCAUCUGGCCACCGUCAACUAAUUCAGCCACAAGCCAAACCCACGUUCAGGAUGGGGACAACACCCUUCAAAAGGUGUUUGGGGACAUCCAACCCUUUGAAGACCUCUUUUCAUCAAACUAUACUAAGUUAGAUGAAAAGAGCAUUCAGCAAUUAAACGCGGAGGAUGCGACUCCGCAUCAGACUGCCAAACAAGCGGCCGAAUUGUCAGCGAGGGGGGGCAAAGGAAGACCUUCAUCUCCAAGUUCGUUUGAUACCAUAGGGAACUUAUGGCAAUUGGAGAGGGAACAAGAAUGGCGAAGAGGAUGGAUCAAAGCAUAUGGUGGUCCUCCCAACUUUCCUGCGAACCCUGUAGGCACCAGUGGUCAAAACAGUAGUCAAUAG